AUGCACCUGGACCCGCUCCCCCCUCUCCCCCUGGCUGUGGCUGGACCUGCCCCUGGCCCCCUGGCCCUGCCCUGGACCCCACCCCCCCUGGAGGCGACCCGAGAGGGACCCGGAGGCCGACCCGGAGGAGGACCUGGAGGCCGACCCGGAGGAGGACCUGGAGGCCGACCUGAAGGAGGACCUGGAGGACAAGGAGGUGGGAGCAGCGUGACAGGACCCAGCUCCUCCGAGGUACACCUUGCAGGAGCCUUGAUCAGCAUUGGCCCUGUGGCCGCAGGAGCGGUAGGAGGGCGGAGUGGGGAGGGCGAGGCGAGGGGUGGCCAAGGAGUGCCAAAGAGAUCUAGGUGCAAGAGUCCGGGAUUACAGCCUGCCAGCUCCGACCCGAAAGCCACCGAAGAGCACCCCCAAACCACGACUACAGCAGGGCCCAAAACCCCAAACCCCAACGCCGUGUGCCGCCACCCAUCCUACAUGAAGAUCCCCCUCAGUCCUACCUUGGGCUCCUUCACUCCGAGCGGGAUGGGGCCCGUGGGCAUCGCUCUCUCGGGAGGAUUCUUCUACAACCACCUGUCCACGCCGCAGGGGGAUGUGGCGGCAGUGGUGGAGGCGGAGUCCUUCGACAGCUGCAGCGGCCACGCGGACCCGCAGUGUCGGUACCACUACCAUAAGGUGCCCAAUUGCCUCGAUCCGGACAGAUCGUGUGAGCUCGUGGGCUACAUGAUGGACGGUUUCCCGGUCUACUCCUACUGUGUCAUCAAUGGCGUCCAACUCAGCAGCUGUUACAAAAAAGUGUCCGGUGACGGGUCGAUGCAGGAACAUUUCGAAUACCAGCCUGACGAGAACUGCCAAUUAGACGAAGCCAACGGAUACCAGUUCGAAGACGAGCGUGGCUACGGCUACGUCUUCUCCGAGAACUAUCCGUUCGUCAUGCGCGGGUUCAUGGGUUCGGACAUCACUGAUAUCUGUGAAGUAUAUUAAUAUAACCAUUGAUUACUGAAUUACGGCAGUCGAUUGCCGAAGAUAGUUUGGGCCUGGAUGUGUUUAAAAUGACCGGCGACUAUUUUUGUUAGCUUUAACGAUGUUGAGAUAUAUAAUAAAGGCUGGUGCGGUGAAGGUUCAUUCAACUCAAGUAGCUCGUGUUUGUGCUUAACCUUUUUGAUGGACGCCCUAAAUUUACAAGAGUUGAUGUUCAGGGUUUGUUUACCUACACACACACACACACACACACACACACACACACACACACACACACACACACACACACACACAUAUAUAUAUAUAUAUAUAUAUAUAUAUAUACAUAUAUGUAUAUAUAUAUUACAUAUAUUAUAUAUAUUAUAUAUAUAUAUAUAUUGUGUGUGUGUGUGUGUGUGUAAACCAUAUGCUAUUUAUCAUAUGCCGUUACCUGCUCUUGACAAAUAUUUUUUAAAUGACACGGUGUUCGGAACACCCUUUGAUCAAGAAUUUUGUUCCGUGAUUGUAAUUCUUGAAAACUGAGAGUCAAGUAAGUGAAAUUGACAGACUACCACCGGAUAAUUGUGACUGACACAUUAUUGUAUAAUCCUGAUAUCUACAGUCAGGUCAACGCAUUAUUGUAAUCAGUUAAAUUAUUGUGUGUCAUGACUUUGAAUUCAGUCCAUUAGUUAUUCUUAUAUGGAAAUGAAGAACUCUGUAAGGAUAUCUCAACUUGAAUGUAUUACUUAAUCGACUGUUUAUUGGUCACAUUACAGGCAAGUUGAUGUAAAAUGUAGCCCUAUAAAGCAUUCAUACA